UGCGCUAGAAGGCAGCACCCAGCACUACGAGUAAAUCUCUGAAAGCGAAAUAAUCAACACAGUCAGGAUGCCGCCACAGACCAAAGACGAUGAGCAAUGCACGGAAGAAGCCAUUCAAAUUCCGGAUUGGGUGAAGCCAGAGAUCUUUGAAGAUCUGCUAAAACAGCAGGUGAAGAAUUACAAGGAAACAAAGUCCUUGAGAGCCACUGCAGGUGUAGCUAAGGGGGAGAACUAUGCCACCAUAAUGCUGCGAGUUGAGUUGGAUGUAGAAACUGAAGAAUCUUUGUGUCCAUUUCAAGAUCAAUCACAGAUCACAAAGGCUUUUAUGCUGAAGACACCCCACGACACGGACGCCUAUCGAAAGCUAUUGCAAAAAUCGAAUAUAUUCGAUACAGAGCGGGGAAUGUACAUGAAAGUUGUGCCCGAAAUGGAGCAAAUGUAUCGUGAUGUGGGCCUCGAAGUGAAGUUUGGGGCUCAGACCUACGAGAUCCCUGCCACCGAUAACUAUGUCUUGCUGGAAGACCUGAAGCCCCAAGGAUUUAGGAAUGCCGAUCGUCUAGAGGGUUUGGAUCAAGCCCACACCGAGAGUGCGCUGCGGAAAUUCGCUCAGUGGCAUGCCGCAUCGGCAGUCCGUGUGGAUACCAAGGGACCAUAUGAGGAGCAGUACACGAAAGGAUUCUUCAGGAGCCCAGAAAUCGUUGAUGCUCUGUUUAAUGGCAGCAUUAAGUCGCUGCUGAAGUACAUAGAACACUAUGAAGGGCGCGAAACAUACCUAAAAGAUUUGCUCAGCAUCUCGGAAAAAUUUGAGGAUUUGGCGGUUGAUAUAUGCGAACCGAAACCCGAUGAAUUCAAUGCUCUCAAUCAUGGUGAUGCUUGGAGCAAUAACAUUAUGUUUCAGUACAAUGAGAAGAAUGAGAUAUUGAAUACAUAUUUCGUGGAUCUUCAAAUACCAAAGUGGGGCACAGUGGCGCAGGAUUUGUACUACUUCCUUAUAUCGUCAACAAGUUUGGACAUAAAAACAACGAAAUUCGAUUAUUUCAUUUGGUUUUAUCACUCGGAACUCGUUAAGCAUCUUCAAUUGCUGAAAUAUACGAAGCCUCUGCCCACUCUGAGAGGAAUUCGUAACGAUCUGUCCAAAUACAGUGGUUGGGGUUUAGUCUGCUGCAUAUCUAUAAUGGGAUUUGUUUUACUGGAUCCCAUACUGGAUGGCGAUGGUGGUUUCGAUACAAUCCUAAGCGGUGAAGACAGUAGUUUUAAGAAGACAGUGUUCACAAAUCCCAGAUACCGAAAGCAUGUGGAUGUCGUCCUGCCUUGGCUGCAUCAUCGUGGUGCCAUGGAAUAUAAUUAAUGAGCAUUAACAGAGUCUCAAUAAGGUUUAAAAGAUUACAAUAAGUAUAUUGCUGUACCUUUUGCAUAUAUUAUGAUAUGAUUGUAAUUAAAUGCACUUUUGUUAAUC